AUGCCUCCCCGUGAUCUCGCCGCACUCUUGCUAUACCCAGCAACGCAUGCACAAGUGCUGGAGACGCGCGAGCGUACAUGGCCUCACUGGGGCGGUAGCACCACACUUGAGCAGUACCUCCAAUGUUGCGAGCGUAUGGACGAAAUGGAACACACGCGAGAUGGAAGAAUAAUGACCUGGGUACUUGCGCCAAGAGACCCCACGACGCUUGAUUUUAUGUGUGCGUGCGAGACGUACAAGCGCACAGGACUCGUCGCCUAUCCUUCCCCAGAUGGCCCCAACAAAGUAAAUGAAACGCCGUGCUAUGGAAUCGCCAGCGCAUAUAUACCCGAGGCGAAGCGGAGGAAAGGAUACGAGCAGCAUCGGAUGUGCCUGUUGCACUGGGUGAUCUCGUCCUGUGAUGAUUUUGUCGAGUUUCCAAAGGAGUGGGGUGUGCCGCCACCAAAAGUGGACGGUGCGGGUGGAGCUGCGUUUUCGGUAUUAUACAGUGCGGUGGGGGAAGACUUUUACGGGAAUGCGGGGGUACAAGCAGAGGAUAAGGCCGGUCAGAUGGAAAAAGUUCCGGGGAGGGUUGAGGAGUCACCCGGGUGGAAGUGGGUGGAGGAGGGAGAUUUGGACGAGAUGUGGAGGGAAGACGCAGGAUUCAUCAAGAAUAGCUUGGAGGGCACACCGAGGUCUGAUCCCUCGUAUGAGACGCCGAGUCCCACGGCAUUUGUAUCGGCUCUGCCAGACAGGGGUGUCGGUUCGUUCCAGGUAGUGCGCUCGCUACUCGUAUCUGGGCAUGCGGUCCCGUUGAAAGUGUGGGGAAUAAGAAAGGAAAACAUUGGUGAUGAGAGGCGGGCGACGGAAACGUUUCCGGAGCUGCUUGAAAAUAUUAAAGAAGCAGCUCAGAGCGCAGGCCUAGAAAAGGUGGAGGUAUGGAACUUGCCAAGGUACUUGGAUGGUCUAGCAGAGGGAGAGGGAAAUGAGGACGGGAAGAAGUACGAACCAACACGUGGGUUGCCAGUGAUUAAAUGGUACAGGGGUAGAGGGGAGACGCGAGAUGUCGAAUGGUCUUUCAAUGAAAGACUGAUAUAUGGAACGGGGUCUGCUGGUGCUGAAGUAUAA